CAGAAGUAGGUGAAAAGCAAAGGAGUAAAGAAAGAGAGAGAGAGAGAAGAAAACAAAUAGGUUGCCAUAGUAUUACGACAACCACUCUUGCUCUCUCUCUACCUAAUCUACUCCCCCAAAUUACCCCCCAUCCAGGCCAAAGAUACAGCCAAACCAGAGACAGAGAGACAGGGAGUGUGAUCUCUUUUUUGCUUCUUCGUCUCCAUCUGUCCUUUAUCGAAACCCUAGCUCUUCUCUUCCCGCUCCAGCAGCCAGAUCUCGGCGAGUUCGCCGCCACGGAUCCGAGUUGCCGCGACGCCUGGCUCGGAGGACUCGUCUUUGGUUUGAUUGCGGUCGCAAUGGCGCGGUCUCGCGGUUGAUGUUAGUGUCUCGCAAUGUCGGCUUCGUUGGCGGCGCUCGAGCGCCCCAGAGUCGGGGCUUCUAAUACGGGUUCAAACACGGAACCUAGGGGCCCAAAGAGCAACACCCCAGCACAUUGGAGAUUGGGUUCGAGUGAAAACUUCAGUGCCUUCCCCCAAAUAUGGGUGGGAGGAUGUUACCCGACAGAGCAUUGGUAUAAUCCACAACAUGGAUGAUUCUGGUGACAUGAGUGUUGCAUUCUGCUUCCGAGCAAGCUUUUUCCUUGCUCUGUAACAGAUAUGGAGAAGGUAUUGCUAUUUGAAGUGGGCCAAGAGAUUCGCCUGAUGCCAUCUAUCUCUCAGCCCCAACUUGGUUGGUCAAAUGAAACUCCAGCUACCUUUGGUAAAAUUGCAAGAAUCGACAUGGAUGGGACCCUUAAUGUAAGAGUGGCUGGCAGAGAUAGUUUGUGGAAAGUUGCUCCAGGUGAUGCAGAAAAAUUUCCAGGAUUUGUGGUUGGUGACUGGGUUCGGGUGAAACAAUUUCUGGGAAAUAGGCUUUGUCCUGAGGGAAAUGUAUCUGGAAGAGAGAAUUUAGCAGUGGUGCACAGUGUACACGAUUUUUUCAAUUUAGAGUUGGCAUGUUGUUAUCGUAAAGGAAGGUGGGAUGUCCACUACUCCGAAGUUGAAAAGGUUGAAUGCUUUAAAACAGGACAGCAUGUAAGCUUCCGUGUCGGACUUAGUGAGCCAAGAUGGGGCUGGAGAGGUGCCUGUCCCACUAACAAAGGUGUCAUAGUUGGUGUAAAUUAUAAUGGAGAAGUUAAGGUUUCAUUUUUCAAUUUACCAGGCUUGUGGAGGGGAGAUCCUGCAGAUCUUGAGGUGGAGCAGAUGCUUGAGGUGGGUGAAUGGGUGAAACUGAAGGAUCAUGCUGCCAGGCGGAAAUCCUUGGGACCUGGCAGUAUUGGGGUUGUGCAAGGACUAGGAUAUCAAACCGAUCAGUGGGAUGGCACUGUCUCUGUUUGUUUUUGUGGAGAGCCAGAAUUGUGGGUAGGGUCCAUUUCUGAGCUUGAAAGAGUGAAUAGGCUUCAAAUAGGCCAAGAGGUGCGGGUGAAGCUCUCUGUUGAGCAGCCAAGAUUUGGGUGGUCAGGCCAUACCCAUGCAAGCAUAGGUACUGUAACAGCAAUAGAUGCUGAUGGUAAGCUAAGAAUAUACACCCCAGCUGGCUCAAAGACUUGGAUGCUUGAUCCAUCUGAAGUUGAUCUGGUGGUGGAAGAAAAUAUGAAAACUGGAGAUUGGGUGAGGGUUAAGUCAUGUGUAGCAACACCAUUUCAUCACUGGGGAGAGGUUACCUCGUGAGAGUAUUGGAGUGGUUCACCGAAUGGAGGGAGAAGAGCUUUGGGUUUCAUUUUGUUUUCUGGAUAGACUUUGGGUAUGUAAAGAAAGAGAGAUGGAAAAGGUGAGACCUUUUAGGGUGGGUGAUAAGGUGAAAUUUAGAGAGGGAUUAACAAAACCGAGGUGGGGAUGGGGGAUGGAAACACCUGCCAGCAAGGGCGAGGUGGUUGGAGUUGAUGCCAACGGGAAGUUAAGAAUCAUGUUUAGAUGGAGGGAAGGACGCCCCUGGAUUGGAGACCCUGCUGAUCUUGUUCUUUACCAGAGCUCUAGUGAACAUUUCCUGAGGGAUCAAUCCUUGUGUUUCCAUUCUUAUGGAAGCCUGCCUGAGCAUCUGUAAGGUUUCAGGUGGUUUCUCUCGUUGCCGCAUGGAAAGUAGGCUUGUUUUAUGGCUGAUAAAUCGAUAUGCAUGACGAAAGAAGCUUCUAGAUUUCAUUUACAAGUUCUCAGAUCGAUGGGGGAUGUAUCAAAAUCCAAGUCCAAGUCGCCAAGUACUAUGGUUGGUCCAUAAGUUGGGGGUCAUGGAUAUGCUAUGUUAGAUUGAAGCAGCCACUGUGGGUGGCAUUACUUCUUAAAUUGGCCUCUCAUAGAUAGAUCUGUACAGGGUUGGGAUCCAUGAUCUGGGCUGCUCUCUCUUACACCAGUUAAUUAUUUUGACUUAAUAUCUGUAUAGAUGAUUGUAAUUUUUACGGUCAACAUCGUGGGGGAAUAAGAUACGUUUUCUCCAUUCCUUUUCUUCUUCCAUUUUUAAAUUAAGGAUGCAUGGAAC